AUGGCCCUUGCGGUUCGGGACUGGACCGUCGCGCUGCUGUUGCUGGUCUUUGUGAGCGACUACGUAGACAGAUUGCUCCUCAACCUCUUCCUCGAGCCCAUCGGGAACGAGUUCAGCAUCUCCGACUUGCAACGAGGCAUGCUUAGCACCGCAUUCAUGAUCUUCCAUGCUGGCGGUGCCUGGCCCAUUGCAACACUCGUGGAGCGUGUGCCCAAUCGCGCGCCCCUGCUGGCGUCAUCGGUACUCGUGUGGACCAUAUUCAGUGCAGCAACUGGUGCGUGCAUGAACUAUCCUCAGCUUGUUGUCUGCCGUAUAAUGGUCGGCAUUGGUGAGGCAGUAGUCACCCCUGUGGCGCAGUCGCUGUUGUGUGAUCUUUACGAACCGCACGAGAGGUCCACCCCACUUGGAUACUAUCUUGCCGGCAUCCCGCUCGGUCAGCUCUUUGGUUACGUAGGUGGCGGCUUUGCGGCACAGCAGAGCUCGUGGCGCCUCGCGUUCUUGAUGGUCAGUGCUCCAGGCAUCGCCAUUGCGGCCCUCGUACUUCACGCCCUCCAUGAACCUCGCAAAGCCACCUUCGUCGCCACAAUGCCCGCGGACCCGUCAGUGGCGAAUGACGCGCAAACGCAAGGCGGUGGGUCACUUCGAUACUUUCUGACCGCCAUGACUGUCUCUCUAUCUAUCCCUGCGUGGGUGCUGAUGCAAUGCACACACCUUCUGGCUGCCGGAGCUCUACGCUCUGGGGAAGCGUUCACUGCAUCUUUGCUCGCAAGGAGGUUCGGCCUGCCCGUAUCAACGAUUGGGAACGCCCUCGGUAUCCUCGGCGGUAUCAGUGGCAUCGCUGCCAUCUGGCACUCGUGCUCUGGCGGCCUCAACCUCUUCUCUUGCCGCGGCCAUUGGCGCGGCAAUCGGCACGCCUUUGGUCGGUUCAUCAACUUCUUCACUGAGAUGCAGCGUUUUAUGAUCAUGCGGUGUUGGGUCUCAGUCAUAUACGAUAUAAAGACAAGUUUAGACAAGUUGGCCCACGAACCAGCGCCGCUGCCGACGGGCGACGGAGAGGCCGAGCCCGCGCCGUGA